UUCUGACUGUGGAGGGGUACAGUGGGGAGUACUAAUGUAAGAAGUCAUUUCUUUGUUUACCUGGCCUGAAGAUGGACAAGCCGAGCUGCCUGGUUGUGCUUUUUGUCUCGUUCGGACUUUUGCAUCAGUCCGUAAUUGGAGUUCAAAUGGAGAAACUGGCUGGCAGAAAAAGAUGUGCAGACAAGGAUUGCUCAUAUGUUAUCUCAAUGGCUGAAGCUCUUGAAGACUAUGUCGCUCCUGACUGCAGGUACAUUAACCUGAAGAGAGGCCAGAUGAUUUAUGUUUAUUCCAAACUGAAGCCUGUAGAGGGAGCUGGAGUCUUCUGGUCUGGAAGUGUAUAUGGUGACCGGUAUGUGGAUCAAAUGGGCAUCAUCGGCUAUUUUCCCCCCAACUUUGUGAAUGAAACGCAGGUUUUUGUGAAGAAAACUGUGGAGUUGCCCACAACGGAUAUGGACUUCUUCUGCGCUUGAAGAGGAGAGAACGUGCAGUAAAGAACCAAAUGAGGGAAUCUGUUAUAAUCUCCAGCGUACAUAUUACAUACGUUACUCAGAAUCUUUUAUAAUAAGCUUGUUAUAAGCAUUUCUUUUUUUUAAAGAGCUUAAAAUGGUUUAAAAUUGUGUGAAAUUACCUAAACAAACCAGUCUUAAGUCUUUAUCUCAAUGAUUAAGAACUGUAGCAAAUAGAACUGAAAAUAGAAUUGUUGUAUUUUUCCCCUUGUAUCACAUUCUAAUCACAUUUUUAACAUCAGAUUAUGAAUGAACUCAUAAUUAAAAGGCCCUAUCCUAAUUUUGUAUUGAAUUAUUCUUAUUAAGUCACUCUAAUAUCAUUUAUGUCCUUUUUUGUCCAUUUAAAACAACAAAUAAAGCAAUAACUAGUUUCUCUUUAUCCACUGUUAUGUCACAUUGCUUUUAAGAUAUGUAUGGGAUAUAUACUGUAUAAGAUAUGUAUGGGAUAUAUACUGUAUAAGAUAUGUAUGGGAUAUAUGCUGUAUAAGAUAUGUAUGGGAUAAAUACUGUAAGAUAUGUAUGGGAUAUGUACUGUAUAAGAUAUUUCAUGUAUGGGACAUUACAAGCAUUGUAACUGUAGCAUUUUCGUUCAUUUUUUGUACGUACAUACAUACUGACAACAGCCACCUGUCAGAUGUUCAUUGCUAUCUUGGCAACAAAAGCACAAGCUGCACAUGU